AGAUCGGUGGGAUCCACUCUCUGCAAAGUCUGAGCCAUCCACUUCGUUUCUCGAGCUUUCAAGCUUUCCAUUCUUGUUUGUCAUGUUCUACUUCCCCACCACACCACUCUAUAUCAUCACAAAGCCCUGUCAAAGAGUUCACAAACGAUAACGCCCGCAACUAUGACUCUCGCCUCAACUCGGCUUCCCACCAAUCCCAGUCCCCUCUUCUUCUCACCCAAACGACACAGCUUCCAAGUCCGCGAGUUCCGCGUCUUCCGACGCCGGAGGCUCAAAACGGUUCGUAUUCUCGCAGUCCAAUCCCAAUUCGAAGACUUUUUCCACAACGUAAUCUCUCAAUUCCAUUCCCUGAGUUCUUUGGAAUUCGUCGCUCCUCUGACGCUCGGUUUCGCCUCCGGCGUGGCUCUUCGCCUCUCGAGGUCGUCGAAGCCGAGCACGCCGGGAGAGUGGGUCCUGUUCACGAGUCCGACGCCGUUUAACCGGUUCGUGCUGCUGCGGUGCCCGUCGGUGUCGUUCACGGGGAGGGAGGUGUUGGAGGACGUGAACGAGAAGCUGCUGAAGGAGAACAGGCACUUCGUGAGGUUGAACAGCGGGACGAUGAGGAUUCUUCAGGCGAGCUCGGAGGAGGAGAGAUUGGAGUAUCAGAGGGUGUGUGUGGGCACGGAGGACGGGGGGGUGAUAUCGUUGGAUUGGCCGGCGAACUUGGACUUGGAGGAGGAGCGUGGACUGGACACCACGUUGUUGCUUGUGCCAGGGACGCCACGGGGUAGCAUGGAGACGAACGUGAGGUCCUUUGUUUGUGAGGCGCUCAAGCGCGGUUGUUUUCCUGUGGUCAUGAACCCCAGGGGGUGUGCCGGUUCGCCUCUCACCACGGCGCGGUUAUUUACGGCUGCUGACAGCGAUGAUAUAUCCACAGCUAUAGAGUUCAUCAAUAAGGCAAGGCCGUGGACAACAUUGAUGGGUGUUGGCUGGGGAUAUGGAGCAAACAUGUUGACAAAGUACUUGGCAGAAUCUGGAGAGAAAACACCGCUUACCGCUGCCACCUGCAUAGACAAUCCUUUUGACUUGGAGGAGGCCACAAGGUCCUCUCCUCAUAGCAUGGCUAAUGAUCAGAAGCUCACUGGUGGACUGAUAGAUAUUCUGAGAUAUAACAAGGAACUAUUUCAAGGCAAAGCAAAAGGAUUUGACGUGGAGAAGGCUCUUUUGGCAAAGUCUGUUCGUGAUUUUGAAAAAGCAAUAUCUAUGGUAUCAUAUGGGUUUGAGGCAUUAGAAGAUUUUUAUUCUGAGUCUAGCACAAGAGAUGUGGUUGGGAACGUGAAGAUUCCUGUUCUCUUUAUACAGAAUGACAAUGGGAUGGUGCCACUAUUCUCUAUUCCACGCGGUUUGAUAGCAGAAAAUCCAUUUACAAGCCUGCUCUUGUGUUCUUGUGUGCCAUCUAGUGUUGUUGGAAGUGGCAAAUCUGUUACAUCCUGGUGCCAGCAUGUUAUGAUGGAGUGGCUUACAGCAGUGGAGCUGGGACUUCUGAAGGGUCGUCAUCCUCUCCUGAAAGAUGUGGAUGUUACGAUCAACCCUUUAGAAGGCUUGGCUCUUGUAGAAGGCAGAACAUCUGAAAGAAGUGAUGAGCUUGACAAGCUCUGGGAUCUCUCCCAGUCUACUGCUCUGAAUGGAUACACUGUGGAUCCUGUAAAGGAUAUGCUUGAACAGAGUGAUACUGCUGCUAGCAUCUACUUAAGGUCCAGACGCGAUUCACAAGGAAAUUCUGACAUUGAAGACAGAGGACUGCAAGAAGUGGAAAAUGGUGCUGUGCAGCAGAUUAGCCCUGUUGAUGCAGAAUUGGUUGAGGAGGAGGAAGUUGGUUCGGUAGAUAGCGAAAGAGGUCAAGUGCUACAGACAGCACAAGUGGUUAUGAGUAUGCUUGAUAAAACCAUGCCUGGUACUCUGACAGAAGAGAAGAAAAAGAAGGUCUUGACUGCUGUGGAUCAAGGAGAGACACUUAUGAAAGCUUUGGAAGAUGCUGUGCCAGAAGAUGUUCGUGGAAAGCUUACAGCUGCUGUAAGUGGAAUUAUGCAUACCCAAGGCACACACUUAAAAUUUGAUGGACUCCUUGAUAUUUCUCGGAUCCCUGAUGUUUCAUCAGGAUUAAGGUCAAAGAUUCAAGAAAAAGUCAGAGGAAUAUCAGGUGCAGAAGGUUUUGAUAAAGAUCAUCAUUCUUCAGACCAAAUAAAACAGCCUGAUGAACUUGCAGAUAGCUUGAAUAACACUCAACCUGGCACAGACAAACCUACUGGAGAAAUGGAAUCAGAUCUCUCUUCAGAGAAAUCAACAAGAACUGGCAAUUUUGGCGAGUCUCAAUCAGCAAGUAGUGAUGAAGUUGAUAUAUCUGGUUCAGUCAGGAAAGACACCAGUGAGUUGGGGAAUAAUGAUGAAUAUGUUGAGUUCUCUAAAGAAAAACCUGCUCCAGUUCUUGACUACAGUGAAAAGGAAUCAGAAACAGGUGUUAACCUGAAUUUUCCCAGUCAGGCUGAGAACGCAGGUAGCACCAAGGAAGCAACAGUUAGUGAGCACAAAGACCAGGAUGGUGGAAUAGCUCAAACAGAGACAAAAGAGGAUAAUAGUAACCUGAAAACUGAAGAGAAAUCCAUAGAUUCUUCAACUGACCAAAGUAAGGUGGCAUCGGCCAGGAUAACAGAAGAAGUACCUACUGAGUCCUCCUCUGAGGCCCAAGCAUUGGAAGCGGAAGGUAAUGAUAAUCAGAAGAGGGACAAUAAAAGUAUGCAGCCUGUUCAGGAUCAAGCUAAGCCUAUUUCGUCUGAUCCUAGUCCCCCCACCUUCAGUGUAUACCAAGCAUUGGAUGCUUUAACAGAGGUGGAUGAUUCUACCCAAGUGGCUGUUAACAGUGUUUUUGGUGUAAUAGAAAAUAUGAUAGUUCAGUUGGAGGAGGGUCGGGAUGAGGAAAAUGGAUUCAAGGAUAGGAACAGUGUUGAGGACAAGAAAACUGAUUCUGUGGAUGAGAAACUUAGCAUUAUUGACCACAAGUUGGAAAAGAAAGGAGAGAGUGAAGGUGAACAAAGCAUGCAGUCUGAUACUUUAGGUGACCUUCCUGUAUAUAAUCACCGUGAGAAUAGCAUGCAGUCACAGGAUGUUCCAAGAACUGGAAGGGUAGUGGAGGAAACCAUGCACGACCUCAAUUCCUUUAAUGGGAAAAGUAUGGAUAGAUCUUGGGCUAGUGAGAACAAUAUCAAUGUAAGUAAGGACAAAAAUGAAAAGAAGGAUCAAUUAGUUGGUAGUAAAGUACUUGCUGAUAAUCCAGAAAAGCUUAGACAUGUAAGUAGUAUUCCACCGUACAUAACUGCAAAUCGAAAUGGGGCCUUUCCUAACGAGUUCUUACGUCAAUAUCUAAUUUCAAAAAAACAUACUAAAUCACUUGACUUGGAUACAACAACUGCUCUAUUGCUUGACUAUUUUCCAGAAGAAGGUCAAUGGAAGCUGUUGGAACAACCAGGAAAUAGUGGAAUCUCUACCAGUGAUGUUGCAACUCAUUAUGUUGAUGAGAGUCAGAUUGAGGCUCACGUUCCUGCAAAAUCAAACGAUACAGACAACUUUAUUGAACCCCCAUAUGUAAUAUUUGAUAUGGAAAAGCAACAGGAACAAGUUUCAGAAAAUGAAACAAUUAACCAUAUGAAUAGCAAAGUUGAAAUCAGCGAUGAUAAACUAGAGGAGUUGAUGCACGUUGUGAAAAGUAUUGUUAUGGAUUCUUUGAAGCUUGAAGUUGGUCGUAGGAUUACUACAUCUAAGAUGAAAGAAAUGAAACCCAGGCUUGCUAGAGAUUUGGAACUUGUGGCAAAUGCUGUGUCGUUGGCUGUUGGACAUGACAAGGAGCAUAUUCGGUGUGUGGAAGUUAAGCAUGGUAGUAUUCAAUGUACUUCAGAAAAACUUGGUACUCUUCAUGGAGAUCAUAUUAUUAGAGCCAUUUCCUCUGCUGUUCAGGACACGAGCUACUUGAGAAGAGCGCUCCCAAUUGGAGUUGUUGUAGGCUCUAGCUUAGCUGCCUUAAGGAAAUCUUUCAACGUUGCUACUGUAAAUGGUAAUAGUCAGAGAGAAGUUCUGACCCAUGUUCAAGCCAAUAAGUCUAGGGAAAAAACUCAUUGUAAGGUCAGCGUGGCAGAGACUGAUCAAAAUUCUUUUGAUAAAUCUGGUCAUAGUACUAGUUUGGACAGUACCUUGAGCGGAGAAAAGAGAAAAGAUGAAUCGGGAUACUUAAAGAAUAACACUGUCAUGGUUGGUGCUGUUACAGCUGCUCUAGGGGCAUCUGCUUUACUGGUGAAGCAGCAGGGUUUUUACAAAGGCAAUGAUACUGCUGAAAUUUCAUCAAAAUCCUUCAAGGUGAAUGAUAAUCAUCAUCAGGGGCCUUACAAGCUUGAGGAGUCGGUAUCUGAAAAGGACCAGAAUAACAUAGUUACAAGCCUUGCUGAGAAAGCCAUGUCAGUUGCUGGUCCAGUAGUACCUAUGAACGAAGAUGGUGAAGUGGAUCAAGCAAGGCUAGUCUCAAUGUUGGCAGAUUUGGGUCAAAAAGGUGGCUUGUUGAAGCUAGUUGGCAAACUGGCUUUGCUAUGGGGAGGUUUACGGGGUGCAAUGAGUUUGACUGAAAAGCUUAUCUUGUUUCUUCGUUUAGCUGAACGACCCUUCUUUCAGAGGAUUCUUGGGUUUGUCGGCAUGGUUCUUGUUUUAUGGUCCCCAGUUGCUGUUCCAUUGCUUCCUACACUGAUGCGGGCCUGGACGACAAAUUCUUCCUCAAGAAUAGCUGAGCUUUUUUGCAUUGGUGGCCUUUACACUGCUAUUAUGAUCCUUGUUAUGUUAUGGGGGAGAAGAAUACGUGGGUAUGAAGAUGCACUUGAGCAAUAUGGGCUGGACUUGACAUCAUCACAAAAGAUCCAUAACUUUUUGAAGGGCUUGAUUGGAGGAGUCCUGCUUGUUUUAUCAAUAAAUUCUGUCAAUGCAUUACUUGGUUGUGUGAAUCUCUCUUGGCCUUCUACUCCAUCUCCUUUAGAUGCCUUAACACGGUUGAAAGUAUAUGGGCAAAUGCUUGUGGUAGCUGGUCAAGGACUUGUAACAGCCACUUGUGUUGCGCUUGUGGAAGAACUGCUUUUCAGAUCAUGGUUGCCUAAGGAAAUUGAAGUGGAUCUGGGAUACCAUCGAGGAAUUAUUAUCUCAGGGCUUGCAUUUUCGUUAUUCCAGAGGUCUCCACAGGCAAUACCUGGGCUUUGGCUUUUAUCUCUAGGUUUGGCAGGUGCACAUCAAAGAAGUGAAGGCAGUCUCGCCAUUCCUAUAGGGUUGCGUGCCGGGAUAAUGGCUUCAAGUUUUGUUUUACUGAAGGGUGGAUUUUUAACCUACAAGCCCAAAUUUCCUCUUUGGGUAACUGGAACUCACCCUUUCCAACCAUUUAGUGGGGCGGUUGGUUUUGCAUUUGCUUUAGUGUUGGCAAUAUUUCUCUAUCCAAGACAGCCUCUGCGAAGUGAGAAACUGAGAAUGACUAUUCAUAAAUAAGUGAAAAUUUAUUGGUGAAGAUUUUUAUGUUGCACUCAUGUAGAUGCCUUUGUCGGCUGUGGUCGAGUAGGGAAAAAGAAAGACCAGCACAGACGAGAAGAGAUUGUGAAGAAAUUCAAAGUACAAUGCUCUGUUCUCCCAGUGUGGUUUCCAAUGCUAUAUAUGCAAAGACCAGAGGCUUUGAUCGUGGUGUACAGUUGGUAAAUCCCGAAACUGAGAUGUAUAUAUACGUGUAUAAAAGAUUUUGUCUCGUGGUUUUGGUCAUAUUUAUACCUUCUUUCUCGGACAGAGAUCUCAACAUUUUUGAUGUCUGGAUUGCUAGCAAUUCGGACAACAAAUGUGAGAGAGUCUUUUUGGGGCUCACCUAUCCGAGUAGGUUUCAGACAGCCCGCUCACUUGGGCAGGUGAGUCCCAUAAAGGCUUUCUCGCAUUUGCUGUCCAGAUUGCUUGCAAUUCAAAUAGCAAAUUGUUGGAGAUUCGGAUCCAUCGUUCUUCAAUACAUUGUGAAGUGUACUAGCAAUUCAGGUAGCAAAUUGUUGGAGAUCCAAAUCCAUAUUUCUCCAAUAAACCGUGGAGUGUAUUGUGUAUUGAAUAUACAUUUAGGAACAUGAUGCUGAGAUUGUCACAUAGAGAUCGGAAUUCCAAAAGCCAAAUGUAAGAUGAAUUUUGUCUUUGGAUAUUGUUAUGUUCUGAAUUUUUUGGGUA